AUGGAAUUACGGAAUGAUGAUGCAAGGAGUGAUUUGACAGGAGAUGAUAAAAAGAACGGGGUAGAAAGAUUGUUAAGCAAGCAAGUAACACGAACCAUAUGCUCUAAUAAAACUGGUGAGAGUAAAACAAAGAGCCCAUAUAAUGGUGAUAAUGAUAAUAAAUAUAGUAAUAGUAAUAGGAAUGGUAAUAGUAAUGGUAAGACUAAUGGUAAUAGGGGUAAAUAUGAUAGUGGUAAGGAAAAAGAGAAGAACGAAAAAAAGGAAAUGAAUAAUCGAAAGGGUAAUGAAAAGUUAAAUGGCGUGAAUCCCAUCGAAAAAGAAAAUAAAUCUUACCAUAAAAAUAAGACGAAUGAAAAAAUGGUUACAAAUAAAGGAAUAGAUGAUAAAGAUAAUAGUAUAAAUUAUAAAAGAUUAAGAAAAAAGUUGAAUAAUUUAAAUUAUAAAGAAUCUUUAUGUGUUUCUUGUAUCCCAUUAGUUCAAAUAAUUUUUGAUGAUCUAAUUCAGGCAAUUCAAAAUUUUCAGAAACUGUCAGAUAAGUAUGAACAGUUACAGAAGAAGUAUAAAGAAUUAGUAAAUGAGAAGAAAGAUAUAAAGUUAGAAUUGGACACAAAGGAGAGGAGAAAUAAAAUAGAGAAUGGUUUAUUUUUGAGCGAAGAAUAUGACAAGUAUGAUACGACACAAGACAAGGAAAGUAGGACAGAUGGUGAAAGAAGUGAUAAAUCAGAUGACAGAACGAAUGACAAGCGUAGUGGAAAGGAUAAUGAAUCGAAUAAAGGCACUACCAGAAAAGAAUAUGAAGAUGAAAUAGCAGAACUUCGAAAAAAAGUCGAAGAAGAAAGCAAAUUAAAAGAGUCUUACAUGACAGAAAACAAAAAAUUAAAAUUUAAUUUGGUCAUAUUACAAAAUGAGAAAAAAGAAAAUUUAGAUGAGCUCACCGAUGAUUUAUGUGAUGAUAACCUGUCUUGUUUUAAGAACAGAACAAAAUCAUUUGAUGAUUUUGAAUUAGAUAAUAAAAAAAGAAAGAAAGAAAAAGAGAAAUAUAAAAGGGAAAAUUCCAUAAUAAAUGAUCAUACUUUAUCGUUAGGAAAGGAAUUGUCUUAUUACAAAAAUUUAUGUAAGGAAUUCAAAAUGGAGAUAGAAAAAAUGAAAAAUGAUUCCUCUUACCAUAUGAACAUCAAAAUGGAUGAUAAUGAGUUGGAUAGUUCUAACGAUUAUGAUAAGGAGAACCAAGUUUCCAGGGAAAAAAGGAGCAAACAUCCCCACCCUACUAGCCAACAUGCAGUUGAGGAAAAAAAUUUAGAAAUAAAAUAUUUAAAAAAACGAUUAAACGAAUACGAAAUAGAAAUUAGAAAACUCAAUGAAUUAAGAAUGAUAAAUGGAAUAAAAGAACAAAAGACAUUUAUAGACAGGGGAUCAGUAUAUGAUGAAAGCACUGUAAACGAAAAUUAUCCUAAUGAUCUUAAAAGCUGUAAUUUUGAAGUGGCAGAUGAUAACGUAAGUGCUGAUGCAAGGACGAAAAAUGAAGAUUCAGUUAAUGAUAUAAACAAUUUAAAUAAAAUUAUAAAAACAAGAAAUAACGAAAUUUACCAUUUAAAAAAUAGAGUGCUUCUAUUAGAAACAGAGUUGCAAGUUAAAAAUGACUCAGAAAAUAAGUACAAGGAAAAGUUGAACACAAUGAAUGACGGGGAAAGGAGCAAAAAAAGGAAUAAAAAGUUAAUAAAUUGUGACCUGAACAGGUCAGAAGAUAGUACAGUUGAUUAUGGCGAUGUAGGUGCAGACGAUGUAAGUGAGUGUGAUGCUGGUGUAAGCGACGCAUGUGCAGAUGAUGCAGGUGCGUAUGAACGUUCCACAAAAUUAAGCACAUUAAAAAAGGAAAUGAAACUAAAAGAGGAGGAAAUAGAAGAACUCGGAUUACUAUUGAAUGAUCUAAAAAAAGAAUUAAAAGAAGAAAAGAAGAGAAGUGAGAAAUAUGAAAAACAGUAUAAUGAAGAGAAAAGUGAGACUGCUAUACUAAAAGAGGAACUUAAAAAUUUAGAAAAAGAGAUAGAGAUGAAAGAAAGCGAAUUUAAUUUAAAUAAGAAUACCAUAAACAAUUUAAAAUUAGAAUCAGAUGAAUUUAAUAACACCAUUUCUUGUUCAAAUGAGACGAAAAAACAAUUGACAGAUUAUAUACAUAAUUUAUUAAACAAGUUGAGUGAAUCUAAUGAUAAAAUUGAUGAAUUAAAAGAUAAUAAUAUAUUACAGAAACAAAAAGUUGAAGUGUAUAAAAAAGAAAUAAAAAAAUUAAAAGAUGAUUUAAUAGAUUCUAGUAAUCAAAUAGAUGAAUUUGCAUCUUUGUUAGAUAAAAAAGACGAGGUUAUAGAAAAUUUUAAAUGUAAAAUAGAAAAUAUAAAUAAAGAAUACGGAGAGUUAACCAUAAAAUAUAAUGAGAUAUUAAAAGAGAAUAAGAAUUUACAAAUUAUGAACACUUCUCAUAAUGCUAAUAGCACUUUAAUUAUUCAACAAUUACAACAAGAAAUUCAAAUAUUAAAUGUUACUAAUAAUCACUUAAAAAAAAUAGAAGAUGAUUAUAAAAUAGUUUUACAGGAAAAGACGAUAAUUGAAGAUGCAGCUAUAAAAAUACAAACAGAAUUAAAAAAGUCAGUUGAUAAAAUUAAAAAUCUAGAGACAUACAUUCAGACAUUGUCUGUAGAAAUAACUAACUUGAAAACACAAAGAGAUGAUUCACUAGAUGCAUUAACAAAAGUCGCUAUUGAUAAAACGCAAUAUGAAAAUGAACUAAUACAAAGUAAAAAUAUUGUUCUUGAAUUAAAAAAACAAUUAAAUGAAUAUGAAAACAACGUCAAAUUUGUUCAGAAUAAUAUUAGUGAAAUAAAUAAAAUGCAUCUUAAAAAAGAAGAACUAGAAAUUAUUUUAAAAAAUGAAAUUAAAUCUUUAAGAGAAAAUUUAAAUGAAAAGACAAUUAAAUUAGAACUUUUACAAGAAAAAGAAAAUAAGUUUGAGCAAAAUACUAUGGCCUAUAACGAAUUUCAGUUAGAAGCUCAAAAGAAAUAUAAUUCUUAUGAAAAAAUUAUAGAAAAUUUAAAAAAAGAAAUUGACGAGUUGACCAUAAAUAAUAAUGAUAACAUAAUAAUUAUAGAAAAAUUAAAAAAUGAGCUAAAUGAUCAAGAGAAGAAAAACAGCAUGUACAAUUUUACGAAAACAUUUUUGCAAAACCAGGAUGAACCAGUAAAUGAUAUAAGAAGUAGGAAUGACGACAGUUCUCUCAAGCGUGAAAGUAGCUCUGUCCCUUCUGAUAAAAAAAGUCGCUAUGGCAUCAAUGGAAGCGGGGUGGAUCUCACCAACGGAUACAAUAACGAGAGAAGUGUUAGGGGCAAUGAUAGAGAUAAUAGUAGAGGAAAUAAUAGAGGAAGCAGUAGACACAAUAGCAGAGACAGUAACAGACUUAGUGAUUGCGUUAAAAAUAGCUAUAGAGAAUGUAAGAACGAUCGCGAUUAUACCUAUGAAAGGGAAGAAAACAAAAAAACAAAGAGCAACGAAUCUGAUGAAGUAUUUUUUAAAAUGGAUUCUGAAAACGCGUGUUCCAAGGAGGAAGACAGUAUUUACGACUACAAUGAUGAUUUUACCAUUUUCAUCAAUUCGAAUAGAAAAAGUUUUAGUAAAAAGUUAAAUAAUCAGACAAAUGAAAGGCAAAGGACAAAGAGUAGGAGUGAAAGCAAAAAUAUAAUAGAUAAUUUAAGUGAUACAAGGAAUGAAGAAACGUGUAUACUGAAAAAUAGCUUAUGUGAACUAGAGAAAGAAUACGGUUUAACCAGUAAAGAGAAAAAUGAUAAGAAAAUAAAUAGUAGUAUGGAAGGGGAAUACAAUAAGGGAGAAGAAUAUAAUAAAAAAUAUAAGCUUGUAGAUGAGAAUAAAUCCCAAAUGAAUGAAAAAUUGAUAAAUUAUUCAGACAGCUCUUCUAGUGGUAAAAGUUUAAAUACUGAUUUCUUAUCAUUUAGCAAAAAACCUAAAAAGAAAAAAGUAUCAAAUGGUGAUGCGGACAAAAAUAAGAAUCAUUCCAUUACGUCGUUAAAGGAAUUAAGUAUAUCGUCUGUGAAUAACUCGAAUAAUAUGCACAGUUCGAAUAAUGCGAGCAGUGCGAACAAUACAAAUAAUAUUAGUGUAAAUAAUAAUAUUAAUGAUAUUCGUAGUAAGAAUAAGGAGGGGGGUAAAGAUAAAGCACAUGCCAACAUUGAUGAUUAUAGUUUUAGUGAAAACUCCUCGUCGUACUUAGGUAACCACGACAUAUCUUUGUUCAGUAGCUCGAAGAUAAAAAAGAUGUUCAACUUAAGCACGACGCAUAACAACAACAGUAACAACGAAAGUAAAAAUGAUAGUAAAAACAAUUACAGCAAUAACAAUUACAGAAAUAAAAAUAAUAAAAACAAUGAUAGUAACAAUGAUAGUAAUAAUGAUAGUAACAAAAGUAAUAAUCACAAUAAUAGUAGCAGUAAAAACAAAGAAGGCAGUAAAAUAACGAAAUAUUUGAAAUUAAAAAGUAGUAAUAAAAAUAAUACGUACGAUAUAUACGACAGUAGGGAUAAGAAGUUUAAAACGAGGAGAAACGAAUCUUAUGAUGACAUAAUAUUUGACUUAAAAAGAAAUACAUCUUUUAGGGAAUAUGAAAAUAAAGAACAAAUAGGAAAUGAAAAAUGUAUAUUAAAAAGGAGUUAUAAAAAAAAGUACUCAAAGAAAUAUGAUAUCGAAUAUUCUAACCCUACUGUUGAUGGAAAAUCAUAUUUUGAAAAAGAAAGAAAAAAAAAAAUGAAAAACAAAUUACCUAAUGAGAAAAAUGAUGACAACAGAUAUUCUACAUAUAAUGCCAAAAAUGAUGAAAGUGAUAAAGAUAAGAAUUAUAUAGAAGACGAAGAUUAUAGAAGUGAAAAAAAGAAAAAGAACUUGUUAAUAUCAAGUUAUGACAUAAAACAUUCUAAAAAUAGCCUGGAUUAUUCUAGCAAUAAGAGACAACUCAACAAGAUUGACAAGCUGCAAACUUCCAGUGGUCAUAAUAAAUUAAAAGAAGACGGAAAUGUAAGUAUUAGCGGAAAUGGAAAUAUAAGCGGAAAUAGAAAUAUAAGCGGAAAUAGAAAAUAUAGAAAUGAUACUAACUACAAUUCACUAUCGAAUAUAUCAAAAAGUAGAGGAGACAACAAAAAUACAUAUGAAAGUAAACAAAUAUAUGAAAGUCAAAGUACCAAUAGCCGAAACACUAGUAAUGAUAAUGUAAAAGACAAGAAGGGAUAUAAUUUUAUUUCUCAAACCAGUUAUGAAGCUAAUAGUAACACUAGUAGUGUGCUACUGGAUUCUGUGAGUUCUGACUUUUCUCACAAUGUUAGUGUGGACAGAUAUAAUAUAUCUAGUAGAAAAAAUAUUAAUGAUGAAUCGAGCCAUUUAAAUUACGACAGUAAAAUGAAGUAUAAUAAUAGUAAUAGUAUUUUAUAUAGUUCUAAUGACUCCCAUAUUGUGAGAAGAGAGCAGGAUUUAAUACUGCAAAAUAGUUAUAGUAGAAAUUAUAGAGACGAAAAGCACGGUAAAAUUGAUGGAAGCGAUAAUAGACACGACAGAAUUGACAAUAAUAAGAAGGACAUACAUAGAAGAGAAGAGAAAAAUUCUUAUGAUAAUUUAAGUUCACCUUAUGAUGAAAAAAAUAAUAGUACUUUUGAAAAUUUGAGUAACAGAAGAGAAGAAGUAAAUACUGGAAAUGAUGUAAAUAAGGAACAAGGGAAAAACAGAUUAAAAAUAAAACAAGAAUUAUACAAUAAAUACAUGAAUGUUUUGAAAAGUUUAAAGAGCGAAGAAUUAGACGCUUCUGCAAAUACAAGUAACAACAGAACAAUUGACUUGACCAAUGAUUUUACGAAAACACAAGAAAAUUCUACUUCCAUUUUAUCUUCAUCCAAAACAUUGCAGAAAGAUAGUUUGCUUAGUAAUCUAUCAAAAUUUAAAUUAAACGAAGACCUUCAUGAGUUUAGCUGUGACCCUCUGACAAUUAUUAAACCUAUUGAAGAAUCCAACAGGGAACCUUUUUAA